UUUUGGCUAUGCUCCCGGGCUGUGGUGUGCUAACCACUGAGCGCCCACGCGAGUCUAUUAUCAUAUCCACUUAUGUCAACGAAAACAGGAACAAAAUAAAUUGUAAGAAUUAAAUUAAAAUCUUGUAAAGCCGGACGAGAGGAGGUAAUAGAUGGUGAUCAGAAUGUUUACUCUGAAAAUACACAUGGCCUUUGUUGGCCUAAUUAGCUUGAGCUUGCUUAUCCAUGUCAGUCAAGCAUCCCCUACUUACAGCCAACACGCCUGCACAAAUUCCACCACCGGCGGUACUCUAACUUCAAAUUCCACCUACCUAUCCAAUCUUAAUCUCCUCCUUUCAUCUCUUACCUCCAACACCACCAUAGAAAAUGGCUUCUACAACACCGUCGUCGGCCGCGGCACACCCAACGCAGUUAUCGGUCAGUUCCUCUGCCGAGGUGACGUCAACACCACCUUUUGCCAAGAAUGCGUAGCCGCCGCAUCGAAAGAGGUCCUCCGGCGAUGUCCGCUAGAAAAGGGGGCGGUAAUUUGGUACGACGAGUGCUCCAUACGUUACGCUGAGGGCUCUGACUUCAUCCCUAACCCAGGGAUUGUGCCGUCGACGUCGUUGACGAGCACUCAGAAUGUUUCGGAGCCUGAUAGGUUCGAAGAUUUGUUGGCCGGUGUUAUGGAUUCACUGGCGACGGAAGCUGCGAAUUCCAAUUCCGGCAAGAAGUUCGCGACGGAGGAAAAGAAUUUCACUAGUACGCAGACGGUGUAUAGCCUGGUCCAGUGCACACCGGACCUGAGCGUUGGCGAUUGCGACACGUGUUUGAGGAGCGCCAUUGCUUUUUUCCCGUCGUGCUGCGCUGGGAAGCAAGGUGGGAGGAAUCUGCUUCCCAGCUGUUCAGUCAGAUAUGAAACUUUCCCCUUUUACAACACCACUGCGUCUCAGCCUCUUCUUCCUCCUGGUGUUCCAGAAAAAGGAAAAAGCUCGUCGUUAACGAUUAUUGCCAUUAUUGUACCAAUUUCAAUUGCUGUGACGCUCUUCUUGGUCGGCUUUCUUUUCCUGCGUAGAAAGGCAAAGAACAAAGCCAAAGACAAAUUUGUUCGCAAAGAUAGUGUUAGGAGUGAAAUUAAUUCAAUCGACUCCUUGCAUUUUGACUUGGAGACAAUUGAAGCUGCGACAAACAACUUUUCUGAUGAUAACAAGAUAGGGGAAGGUGGAUUUGGUGCAGUUUACAAGGGUACCCUUUUUGAUGGACAGAAGAUAGCUGUGAAGAGACUAUCAGGCAGCUCGGGCCAGGGUGCACAAGAAUUUAAGAAUGAGGCUACGUUAGUCGCCAAGCUUCAACAUAGAAAUCUAGUGAGGCUGCUAGGAUUUUGCCUGGAAGGAGAAGAAAAGAUAUUGGUUUAUGAAUAUGUGCCGAACAAAAGCCUUGAUUAUUUUCUGUUUGACAAUGAGAAGCAAAGCCUGCUGGGUUGGACACGACGGUACAAUAUUAUAACAGGGAUUGCUAGAGGAAUGCUCUAUAUGCAUGAAGAUUCUCGACUUAGAAUUAUACAUCGUGAUUUGAAAGCUAGCAACAUUUUGUUAGAUGGUGAACUGAAUCCUAAAAUUUCAGAUUUUGGGAUGGCAAGGAUUUUUGUAGUGGAUCAAAUUCAGGGGAAUACCAAUCGAAUUGUUGGGACAUAUGGCUACAUGUCUCCGGAGUAUGCGAUGCAUGGGCACUUCUCUGUGAAGUCUGACGUGUUUAGCUUCGGAGUGCUGGUUCUAGAGAUUAUAAGUGGCAAGAAGAAUAAUAGCUUCUAUCAGUCACAUGGUUCUGGGGACCUCUUGACCUUUGCAUGGGAACAUUGGAAGAGUGGGACUCCCUUAGAAGUGUUGGAUCCAACAUUAAGGCAUGCUUAUUCCAGAAAUGAAGUUAUGAGAUGCAUCCAUAUUGGGUUGUUAUGUGUCCAGGAGAAUCCUGCAGCCAGACCCACAAUGGCAACAAUAGUUCUUGUACUCAACAGUUACUCUGUUACACUUCCAUUGCCUCAAGAGCCUGCACGUCUCCAUCGUAAUAGAACACAACCAAUCAUGCCGACAAGGCAACUGCACUUUGAUCAAGCUACCAGCCCUUCGGCGGCAUGGUCUGUCAAUGAUGAGUCCAUGAUUACUCAAGUAUACCCUCGGUAAUUUUGGACUUUUUUCUUUUGUUUUUAUGUUUGAAGGACUCAUGCCAUUGAUGUGGUCUACAGAUCACUUAAGGUUGUACUAUAUGUUUGCGAUUAUAUUUGUAAUAUAGAAGGAAAUGUGUUAAUUUUCUUCAGUUGAUUAGUCAUGGACAUUGGACAACGUGCUAGUGGUUGAGAUUUUAGACUUGUAUAUAUUCGUUUAAACAAAGAAUAAUUUUACUUUAAUAUA